AUGACUGCGAGCAUCAUGAUGAUGACGGCUGAUGGUGACGGUGAUGGCGACAAGCGUCCUGGUGGCGAGAAUGAAGACAGUCAAAAGGCCGGAUACCUGGCGGCUGCGUCUGCAGCACAGAUGGUGGUGCUAAUGGUCCAGGGUCCUCUGGCACUGGUCGUUCUCACACAGUGGCUCCUCUCUGCUGGUGCAAGCACCAUGCACCAGGUUGCCAAGGUGAGAACUCAAGACUACGACUCCUUGUGGCUUACCGGCCUGGUUGCCCAGGUGGCUCUGUAUGGGGCCGUGGCGAGCAUGAUGGUGAACCCGUGGGCGGACAUCGUAGUCAUGGCAUCAAGGUUCGAGGAGGUCGGCGAUGCAGCUGCCCAGCAACUGUGGGGGCUGGGUCUCGGACGUUGCGCGGAGCCCAAGAUGCAACAGAGCUCUUCAAAAGGAUUGAAGAAGCAGGGGGCGUCGCAAGAUGAUGAGCCCUUCCGCAAGCUCGCUACCGAGGUCUUGGAUCUCUCGCUCUUUGCGCCCGAGACAAGCAGAAAUUUCGAGAGCGAUCAGGAGUCGGACAUCACCUACUGUCUCCUGCUCAGUGUGCUGAGCUCCAAGCGGACUCUGGGUCUAGGAGCCUACUGGGACGAGGAAGACGAGGAGAAACGGGUCUGCCUGCUUGUCUUGGCGGUGGAGGACUGCCCUGAGUGCUGGGCGGAUGGCGCAUACUGUCCCAUCAGCCAGUCCAUGCACGUCAAGGAUGUUCUGUCGAACCCCGGUGUGGCGAAGAUCCAUGCAGGAGAUGGGAACGAGUUGCGGGAGAGAAUCCGGACAUCGUUUGGGGUGGACCUGCGUGGUGAGCUGGAUCUAAGGACACGGGCAAAAGCACCUCAAGAUGUGGAGGCCCGGCUAGAGGACCUCUCCUUGACCGGGGAGUCUGAUUGGCUGCCUGGCGAAUUUGCUAGCAAGUGGCAAAUUGGCUUUUAUCGUGUUCACGAUUAUUCUCACUACGGUCUAGACCGAUGGAAGAUGAAGGACUUAGGGACAACAGAACUGGAGGCUCAGCACAAGCGCCGCAUGGUGUUGUCCGGCAUCCUCGAGGACGACCAGAUCUUGCCUCCUGUGCCUCCCUCCCUUGCGGCACGUGGUAUUGUUUUGCAGAAGGGGAAGGACGGCACCCUCCAGUAUAUGUGUCAGAAGUGCAAAGCGGGUCCAUUUCCCACGCUGGAUAGUGUGGACUCGCACCUGCAUGGUGCCAAGCACCUGCACAAGGAGGGCCGAGAGCCGGAGCUGCAACUCACCCCGGAGCUUCAAAAGGAGGGAUUUGUUCUCUCAGCCGCCGGAGAGCUGGAGUGUCGCCUGUGUGAAGCAGGCCCAUUUCGGGAUCGGCAGAGUCUGAGGCUCCAUCGCCAGUCCUUGCAGCAUAGAGGCCACGGCGCCACAUGUGCCAGGCCGCCAAGGAUGGAGGAGGAAUUGCGAGAGCUUCCAGGUUACUGCAAUCUGUUGGGCAACGCAUUCUGCUGCUUCCUCUGCGAUGUGUCCGCACCAUCCCUGGAUGGCAUGCUGCAGCAUCUUGCGGGCAAGAGCCAUCGAAAGGCGUGUCAGGCCCACGGCGAGCCGGAGCCGCUGAUUCUCUGCAAGGACCUCGUGUCGGAGCAGGUCUCCGACGUGUACCCCUUGCAGGGCCGGCUCCGGGACGUCGACCUGGAGCCGAUCUUCAGAAAAGGCGCCGGCACUUGGCAGGAAGCCGGACCUGGCCAAAAGAAGCCACAGGGUGUGGCUGCCUCAGAAGGUUUGCCCAAACCGCCUCGCGCAAUGGUUUCCAAGGAUGAUGUUGAGAAUGGCAGCGACCCAUCCUACCUGGCUGCAAAAGUGGGGGACAAAGUCAUCGUUGUGUCAGACGACGCCGGGAGUCCUUGGGUCUGGGCAGAGAUCAAUGAGCAGAGAGGCUGGUUUCCCAGAGAUGCGCUCGUCAAGAAGCUUCCACCUUGGAAGCUCAAGAAGGCCGCGAGCAAGACCGCGAAGGCAGCCGGCCCCACCACACCCGCGCCGCCGCGGGUUAUGGUUGUCCGUGCGGAGCCAUUGAACUUUCCUGAUGUGCCGGUCGGCCAGCAGUCGCUACAUGCUGAAGCUGGUGACGAGGUCACCAUCCUGAUGGUCGGUGAAGGCGGUGACUGGGUUUGGGCGGAAUGCAAAGGCGAGCAGGGGAUGUUCCCAAGAAGGUUUCUGGAAGAGCGGGAAGCCUUCGAGAAGGUGGAGCAAGGCGUCCUGGAGUCCGACUUUGAACUUGGAGUCACCCCACCGGAGACGCCCUUGGACUGGUCGGAUGUCGGCCGAAGGAGGAGAUUCUACACUGCUGAAGACGUCACCGAAGCCUUUCUCCGGGUUGCGAAGAUGCGUCAGGAGCGACUGGAAUCCCAGCAGAUGUCGGCAUCAGAAAUUCUGAAAGAAGCGAUUCGAAAGACGUCUGAAAAGUUUGGCUCGCGACCGUUUAUGCCACCAAAGAAGUACCGGUCUGCCAGCAUCCCCCGAGAGCGGCACCACUGGCAAGAACGAUCCGGAUUUCGCAGCCGACGGGCUUACGGUCGAAGUCGACCGCAUGGAAGGAUGAGCAAUCCCCCAUAUUUGUGCCAGGCAGGUUGA